AUGGGAUUGGUAAUUGUUGAAGCGGAAGAGGAGGAUGAAAUACGAGAAGGUAGACUCGCCGCCGACGGCGGUGUGGGGAGCAUUCUGGUCCCGCCGACGAAUUUCUCGAUGGUCGACGACGGCAUUUUCAGAUCUGGUCUCCCUGACGCUUCCAAUUUCCGUUUCCUUGAAACCCUAAAUCUCCGCUCCAUCAUAUACUUGUGCCCUGAACCGUACCCGCAGGAGAAUGUAGAAUUUCUUGCAGCCAACAACAUCAAGCUAUUCCAGUUUGGAAUCAACGGGAAGACGGAGCCUCCUGUCCCUAUGCCUGAGGAUACCAUCAUUGAAGCUUUGAAGAUCUUAAUGGAUGUAAGGAACCAUCCCAUUUUGAUUCACUGCAAGCGAGGGAAGCAUCGCACUGGCUGUCUGGUUGGGUGCUUCAGGAAGCUACAGAACUGGUGUUUGUCCUCGGUCAAGGACGAGUACCGACAUUAUGCAGGCCUGAAGUCGAGGACGAGCGAUCUGUGCUUCUUGGAGAGCUUCAAUGUGGUGAGCCUAAGGCAAUGCCUGUACAGCAUCAUCUACCAGUACAACGGAUACAGCUCCAAGAGGCGUCUGCUAUACCGCGAAGAGAGUGUACAGAAACCCCAAAUCAAGUCCAUGUAAAAAGCUCAAAGCAUGGACUUGAUUCGGGCUGUCGAGAAACCAUACCUCAUUUCUUACAUUGUACGAUUCCUUUUUCUUUCUUCCAAUGGAUUCCAGGAACCUUGGUUUUAGUUUGGUUCGACUGAGAGCUCCACCGGGUAGUUUUAGUUCUGACAAGAAGCAUUUCAAAACUUGUGUUCUGUCUUUCCUCAAUCCUUUAAUUUGUCCCUGAAACGGUUUGUUGUUCUUGGUUAAGGCACUCCAUCACCUCCUGUUGAUUCUGAUUUUGCCUACUACCCAUCUCAGAUCGGGUGGCUGGCAGCCUCCUUUUAUGGCUUUUCAUCUGUCAAUUUGUAAAAGAGUCCCUGAUGCAGCUCAGAGCAACUACAUUUGUACCAGCAGCAACAUGUAUCCUCAACUUUCCACUGAAUAAGAUACUAUUGUAUUGUGUUCAUCGUUAAUGCACUUUCUAAUCCAAUU